AUGCCCACCCUGGCCUCGCUCUGGGUUGUGUGGCUCUAUGCUGUCUUGUGCCACGCCGGGGCCCCCCAGCUGGGGCCAGCGUCUGCCUGCCCGGCGCCGUGCCACUGCGAGGAGGACCGCAUCAUGCUGUCGGUAGACUGCUCGGAGCUGGGACUUUCCGCUGUGCCUGGGAACUUGAACCCUCUGACGGCGUACCUGGAUCUGAGCAUGAACAACCUCACUGAGCUCCAACCUGGCCUCUUCCUUCACCUGCGCUUCCUGGAGGAGCUAAAGAUAUCAUCUCAUCACCUCAGUCCUUCUCCUGUAUUUCUUCUGAUGCUGCAGAAUAACCAGCUGAGCAGAAUCCCUGCCGAGGCAUUGUGGGAGCUUCCCAACCUCCAGUCUCUGCGCCUGGAUGCCAAUCUCAUCUCCCUGGUCCCUGAGAGGAGCUUUGAGGGGCUCUCCUCCCUCCGCCAUCUGUGGCUAGAUGACAACGUGCUCUCGGAGAUCCCCAUCAGGGCACUCAACAACCUUCCCUCUCUACAGGCCAUGACGUUGGCCCUCAAUCGCAUCCGCCUCAUUCCUGACUAUGCCUUCCAGAAUCUCACCAGCCUUGUGGUGUUGCAUCUUCACAACAAUCAAAUCCAGCAUUUGGGUACCAACAGUUUUGAGGGACUGCACAACCUGGAGACACUAGAUCUGAAUUAUAAUGAGUUGCUGGAGUUCCCUGUGGCCAUCCGGACCCUUGGCAGACUCCAGGAAUUGGGGUUCCAUAACAAUAACAUCAAGGCCAUUCCCGAGAAGGCAUUUGUGGGGAACCCAUUACUACAGACUAUCCACUUUUAUGACAACCCAAUCCAGUUUGUGGGACGGUCAGCUUUUCAGUACCUGCCAAAGCUUCAUACAUUGUCACUGAAUGGUGCAACUGAUAUCACAGAGCUCCCUGAUCUCAAAGGCACCACCAGCUUGGAGAUCCUGACCCUGACAAGGGCAGGCAUCCGGCUGCUCCCCUUGGGGAUGUGCCAACAGCUCCCCAGACUCCGAGUCCUUGAACUCUCUCAUAAUCAUAUCGAGGAGCUGCCCAGCCUACGCAGGUGUCAGAAACUGGAAGAAAUUGGCCUCCAGCACAAUCAGAUGUGGGAAAUCGGUGCUGACACAUUCAGCCAGCUGAGUGCCCUUCGAGCCCUGGACCUGAGCUGGAAUGUCAUCCAAUUCAUUCACCCUGAAGCUUUUGUAACUCUCCACUCCCUCAUCAAGUUGGACCUGACGCACAAUCGACUGACCACACUCCCACUGGCUGGACUCGGUGGACUGGUACAUCUCAAGCUCAAAGGCAACCCAUCUCUCUCUGAGGCCUUCUCUAAGGACAGUUUCCCGAAGCUGAGGAUCCUAGAGGUGCCCUAUGCCUAUCAGUGCUGUGCGUAUAGCACGUGUGCUGGCUUCUUCAAAGCUUCUGGCCAGUGGGAGGCUGAGGACAGUCACGUGGAUGAGGAAGAGGCCAUGAAGAAGCCCCCUGGUCUCCUUGGCAGUCAUACAGAGAGUCACUAUGAUCUUGACCUGGAUGAGUUCCAGCUGGAGAUGGAGGACUCCAAGCCACACUCAAGCAUCCAGUGCAGCCCUAGCCCAGGCCCCUUCAAGCCAUGUGAACACCUGUUGGAGAGCUGGGGGAUCCGGCUGGCCGUGUGGGCCAUCGUCCUCCUCUCUCUGCUGUGCAAUGGGCUGGUCCUUCUGGCCAUCUUCGUGGGUGGGCCUGCCCCGCUGUCCCCAGUCAAGUUUGUGGUGGGAGCCAUCGCGGGAGCCAACAUCCUCACGGGCAUUUCCUGCGGCCUCCUGGCUUGUGUGGAUGCGCUGACGUUCGGCCAGUUUGCCCAGUACGGGGCCCGGUGGGAGACGGGGCUGGGCUGCCGGACCACGGGCUUCCUGGCUGUCUUUGGCUCCGAGGCCUCGGUGCUGUUGCUCACUCUGGCCGCCGUCCAGUGUAGCGUCUCCAUUUCCUGCGUCCGGGCGUACGGGAAAUCUCCUUCCAUGAGCAGCAUCCAAGCCGGGGCCCUGGGCUGUGUGAUCGUGGCCGGGCUGGCAGCGGCGUUGCCCCUGGCCUCCGUGGGGGAGUACGGGGCCUCUCCUCUCUGCCUGCCCUACCCGCCCCCCGAGGGGCGGCCGGUGGCGCUGGGCUUCUCCGUAGCCUUGGUGAUGAUGAACUCCCUGUGCUUCCUGGUGGUCACGGGGGCGUAUAUCAGACUGUACUGCCACCUGCCCAGGGGAGACUACUUCGAUGCCGUGUGGGACUGCGCCAUGGUGCGGCACGUAGCCUGGCUCAUCCUCACCGACGGCCUCCUCUAUUGCCCCGUGGCCUUCCUCAGCUUUGCCUCCAUGCUCAGCCUCUUCCCAGUCACCCCGGAGGCUGUUAAGUCAGUCCUGCUCGUGGUGCUGCCCCUACCGGCCUGCCUCAACCCACUCCUCUACCUGCUCUUCAAUCCCCACUUCCGGGAGGACCUCCGGCGCCUGCGCCCGCAGCGGAAGCUUCCGGGGCCUCUGGCCUAUGGCGUCGCCGAUGAGCUGGAGAAGAGCUCCUGCGAUUCCACCCAGGCCCUGGUUGCCUUCUCUGAUGUGGAUCUCGUCCUUGAGGCACCAGGGGCGGGCCACCCCCCGGGGCUGGAGGCCUAUGGUUUUCCCUCGGUGGCCUUUGUCUCCCGUCAGCAGCCCGGGGGUCCCAGGUUAGAGGGUGACCGUUUCGUAGGGCCCGAGAGUGGCUGUCUGGGGGGGCCUCAGGCCCACACCACUGAUGGAGAACUGCUGCUGGGGGCAGAAGGGGUCACACCGGCGGGGGGCUUCCGGCCUUCCCUCCCAGCCUUCACCUCCCAUCUAUAACUGGCCGGGGCCCUUCCCCUUCUCUUCCCUCCCCAUCUUUUCACCACCAUCUCUCCAUG